GGCAGUCCACUUCAGUAUUCUUGCCUGGAGAUCUCCAUGGACAGAGGAGCCUGGCGGGCCACAGUCCAUGGGGUCGCAAAGUGUUGGACACGACUGAGCGGCUAACAUGCUAUAUGAGCUUUACCUUUCUGAUUAAAUUACUUUUUGAAUGAGAGCAGGAGGUGGGAGAAGAGGCUGAGGAAGGGAGGCCUCCUGGAGACGGCAGCAAGGGCCGCAGGGCCCCCGCCAUCCGCUCUGUGAGCGCUGACACCUUCUCGCACCCUUGUCGGGGCCCCCCCUUCAGGACCAGGCCACCCCGUGGGCGGGGCGGCGGGCGGUGGGCGGAGACGAGCCCCGGCCGCCCCGCCCCGCGCACCUGGCCGGUUGCCGUGGCAGCAGGCCUCUCUCGCUCGGCGGGACCUCACAAUAGGCCGGGGCCGCUGGCCCCCCUCCCCCGCUCCCUGCGGAGACCGGGCAGCGCGCUCGUCCUCGGCGGGUCCGGAGCCCAAGGACAGACACACUCGCUUCCCCGCUGCCCCGCGCGCCUGCUAGCCUGCUCUACCCAAAGGGACACCAUUCACGACUGGCCGCCCAAGCCGGGCCGGGGGAGCCCAGGGUCGCGUCUGGGACCCGCGCCAAAACCCGCCCCCUCGAGAGGAGGCGCGUCGGGGCGAUGACAUCUUUGGCCCCUGAUCCUCGAGGCGACUAAGAGUUUUUGAUUUGGCCCACAAAGGCAUUUGCAAGAAGCUGGUCAAAUAUGGCUUUAGCAGAUAAGAGACUUGAGAACCUGCAGAUCUACAAAGUUCUUCAGUGUGUUCGGAACAAAGACAAGAAGCAGAUAGAGAAGUUGACCAGGCUCGGAUAUCCUGAACUCAUCAAUUUCACAGACCCAGUCAAUGGAAACAGUGCUCUGCACUUAGCCUCAGUUUCCAAUGACAUCGACAUGGUCAGCUUUCUCCUGAGCCUUGGUGCUCACCCUGAUGUGCAAGACAAAAUGGGCUGUACUCCGACUAUGAGGGCUGCAGAACUGGGCCACGAAUUGUCCAUGGAAAUAUUAGCCAAAGCAAAAGCCGAUAUGACUGUUGUUGAUAAUGAAGGAAAAGGUAUUUUGUUUUACUGCAUUUUACCUACUAAGCGGCAUUAUCGGUGUGCACUGAUCGCCUUGGAACAUGGUGCGGAUGUCAACAACUGUACCUGUGAAGGAAAGCCAAUAUUCCUUAGAGCUUGUGAAGAAGCACAUGAUGUUAAGGAUGUGUGCCUGAUGUUUUUGGAAAAAGGGGCAAAUCCAAAUGCUAUCAACACAUCCACAGGUCGCACAGCUUUAAUGGAAGCAUCAAGAGAGGGAGUGACAGAACUAGUUCGAGGGAUAUUGGAAAGAGGAGGAGACGUGAAUGCAUUUGACAAUGACAGACAUCAUGCCGCACACUUUGCUGCCAAAGGAGGCUUUUUUGAUAUAUUGAAGCUUCUUUUUGCAUACAACGGAGACAUGGGGUUGAUUGCAAUGAAUGGCAACACACCACUUCAUUAUGCUGCCAUGGGUGGUUUUGCAGAUUGCUGUAAAUAUAUAGCUCAGCGAGGAUGUGACCUAAAAUGGAAGAAUCUGGAGCAUAAAAUGCCCAGGAACUUGGCUAAGGAAGGCGGCUUCAAAGCAGCCAGCAAAGAAAUACGGCGGGCGGAGCAAAUCGCUAAUAAACUGGCCAGGCCAGGGGUCAAAAAUCCGAAUCCGCACUUGUUCCUGAGACUUCACGAUUGGUCAAUAGAACAUGAGACUUUCCUUCGGGAAGCCUUCUCGUUUGUGGACAGGGGCGAUGGGACAGUCACCAAGGAGGACUUUGUGCUGACCCUGGAGGAGAGGCAAGAUUUUGUGAACUCAGAGCAGCUGGCUGCUAUAGCGCAACUUCACGAAAAAGUCCGGGGUGGAGGGGUCAAUAUUAACGAGUUCUUUAAAGGGAUCAGAUAUUUAAGUAAGUCUUAUGUCUUGGGAUCCUAUGGGCCUAAGAAAAAGAAAAAAGGGAUGGCCAAAAGAGCCAGAGUGGGCAAGUUUGUUUUACCCCUCCCCAUCUGUAUCAUCCCCGACCACGUGUUUCCACGCCGCAGUGAUGGUGGGCCGCCCUGUUACAUGAUUGAAACCUACAAGAAUGUAACUGAUUGCAACCGCUUUAACAGAGAUCACCCCCCAGAACAUCCCAUUCAGGAUGACUCUGCUUGGUAUAUUGAUGAUACAGGGAAGGUCUUUUCAAACAUUAAUUUUAUCACCAAGGCGGGAGACCUGGCUUCUCUGAAAAAGGCCUUUGAAUCAGGAAUACCUGUGGAUAUGAAGGAUAAUUACUACAAGACACCGCUAAUGACUGCAUGUGCCACUGGAAACAUCGAUGCAGUCAAGUUUCUUCUUGAAAAAGGGGCUAACGUUAAUGCAACAGAUAAUUUUCUGUGGACUCCCCUUCAUUUUGCAUGCCAUGCUGGCCAACAGGAUAUUGUUGAGCUUCUUGUUAAAUCUGGAGCUGUGGUAGAUGCCCUCUCAAUCAACAACUCAACUCCCUUAAGUAGAGCCAUUGAGAGCUGCAGACUGGAUACUGUAAAAUACCUGCUUGACAUCGGUGCUAAAUUCCAGUUGGAGAAUAGGAAAGGGCAUAGUGCCAUGGAUGUUGCAAAAGCUUAUGCUGACAGUAGAAUAAUUGGUUUGAUUAAAGAAAAGCUGGAUAACUUGCCCAAACCAGCAGAAAAUCAAAAACCAAAAGGCAAGCCACAACCCAAAGCAAAGACUGAAGGCCCCGAGAUUAAGAAGGAAGAGGAAACACUUUCAGCAAUAUACACUGUACCAGCCAUAGUGGAGGACAAGAAGAUGCGUAAAGAUAAUGUAGUUUAUCUCAAUUCAUUGAUUACCAGUGGUUAUACCAAGAAAGUGGAUAUCACAUUUAUUCCACAGCGGAUCUGGAGUCCUGAAGCCACGACAGCAGAGCUGAUCAGAAUGAGGGAACUGCGCCGGGAGAGGUUGACAUAUGAAGUAGAUUUUGAUGACUUCAUGAUGCCCUUUCAGAAGCACAUCACAGAGAGAGCACAAGCAGUGGAAGCUAGCUUCAAGAUGUAAAUCACAGCGGUUACAUCUCAGAAUAAACAACAUUUUGAGGCCCAGGGACCAAAUGUUGGAGAAAGUAGAUUCCCAUCAAAGUCAAAGCAACUCACAAGUUAAGCACUGUAACAAAAUAUUUGUCUUUGCUUUAACAACUAUAAAUAUUCUGAGCUGUCUAGAGAAGUCAUGUGUUAUUUUGCAAUGAAUUGCAUGCCAUUCUGGAUAAAUUCCUCAAUCUUCCUCAAGAAUAUUUUACAACAAUGGCAUUUUUGGUUAUAAACAUAGUGUCAUCAUCAAAGAAUUUACAAGAUGCACAUCAUUACGUUAAAGAUAUCCUUUUAGUGGAACUGAAUGGAAGCUAUUUAAUAUUAGGGAAGAGAAGCCCUUUUUAAUACACUAAGGGAGCAGUUUUCUUCUCACACAUCAUCAUAAAUGAUAUGCAUUAGAUACUUGGGGUCAAAUAAACACUGAUGCCUCCAGUAGACACUGUUGACACUUCACCCAUUUCUCCUGUUUUGGAAUCAUAGCACUCUCAGGCGUGACUUCCGGAUGCUAUCAGAUGCCUCGGACACUUAAACUUGUACCAUAGGGCUGAAGUACAUGAGAAUUAGUACUUCCUUGGAAACAGCCCUCAAUGACCGAAUAGAUUCAGUGUAUCAGCACCCCAGCUCCCUCAUCAUUCUGGUAAGACUAUUCUGAAGUGCACGUUCUCAUGGUCAGCUAGAGCUCCCCAGAGGUGAGGAUCAGGCUGCCCAUGGUGGUAAUUUGAUAGCGUGCCCUUCACUGGGCGCCGCCCCUUCCCUGUGCUCCCACCUGUCCUCACCCACUCUGGCCUUUUCUGGGUUACCUUCCAGAAACUUACGCCAAAAUCCUUGUCUGCGGUUGCUUCUGGAAGGACCAAAACUAAGACAACAUCUAUGACUCUGAGUCCUCUAGCAAAAAAUGUAAAAGGGCACUCCCUUAUAUUCUGUUUGCUACAAAAUAAACAUUUCCCCAGCAAGGGGGAUUUGCCUCCA